CCAGCGGUUGCAGCUGCGGCGGAUCCCUAGGCACUGCCUGCCGUUGUGCCCGGGAAGCCCAGGGCCGGCAGCAGCUCCGCAAAGUCGUGGAGCUAGAGGAGGCCGAGCGCCUGCAAAGUGCUCGGGCUCAGGGCUGGGACUGGACUAGGAGAGGUGUGCCCAGGGAGCCUGGAUCUCGGCGCCCUUCGGCCUCGCGUGGAGCGGUGGGUGCAGCCGGGAGGCGUGCUGUCGCUCUGGAAAGAGAAAUCAAAUUACAGCCUCCCCUAAGAGGCCAAGUUACGCAGGCGAACCGGUUCCCGGAGAGCGUUCGAGAGCGCGCAUAGAUAGAACCGCGCAGUGCCGCAGAGCCCUCCCGGGCCAGCCGGCCGGGAGCGGGGUGCCGUCCCAUAAGCAGCGGCCCCCGGGAGCAGGUUUCGUCCGGGAGUGCGCCGGGUGCAGAGAGGGGGCGUGCAAAGCUCCGCCGGCUCGCCAGCCUGCCUGCAGCCCGCGCCCGACUUGGGCGCCCCUUCCGUCCCACUCUGGGAGCGAUGCCCCCCGCUCCUCGCGCCCCCUGGGAACGACGCGAGCAUGGAGAAGUCGAGUAGCGAGGAUUCUUCGAUUCACCGGAGUCCAUCUUUGGACAGCAAGGACUCGGACUUUGGCAAGCCGUCCACCUCCGGUCGUCCGUUUGGCCGCGGCUUCACGGCCGGCGCCUUCUACGGCACCGCGGGCUCCCGGGGCCAGAGCCGCGCGGAGGCCGGCGUUAAGACCGACAAGUACAAUGCACCCAAAGGCAGCAAGUACGUGGUGUUUUACCUGGACCUGUCCUUUGUGUUCCUCCUAGAAUUUAAGAAGUGCAACAUGGCCAGGGGCUGCCUCUGCUGCUUGAAGUACAUGAUGUUCCUCUUCAAUUUGAUAUUCUGGCUCUGUGGCUGCGGGCUGCUUGGAGUGGGCAUCUGGCUCUCCGUGUCCCAAGGCAACUUUGCCACCUUCUCCCCCAGCUUCCCCUCGCUGUCUGCAGCCAACCUAGUCAUUGCCAUAGGAACCAUUGUCAUGGUGACCGGCUUCCUCGGCUGUCUGGGGGCCAUCAAGGAAAACAAGUGCCUCCUCCUCAGUUUUUUCAUCGUCCUGUUGAUCAUCCUGCUUGCAGAGUUGAUUUUGCUCAUCCUCUUCUUUGUCUACAUGGACAAGGUGAACGAGAACGCCAAGAAGGACCUGAAGGAAGGGCUGCRGCUGUACAACACCGAGAACAACGUGGGGCUCAAGAACGCCUGGAACAUCAUCCAGGCCGAGAUGCACUGCUGUGGGGUCACUGACUACACGGACUGGUACCCAGUCCUGGGGGAGAACACAGUUCCCGACCGCUGCUGCAUGGAGAACUCCCAGGGCUGUGGGCGAAAUGCCACCACGCCCCUGUGGAAAACGGGCUGCUACGAAAAAGUGAAGAUGUGGUUUGAUGAGAAUAAGCACGUGCUGGGCACCGUGGGGAUGUGCAUCCUCAUUAUGCAGAUCUUGGGCAUGGCCUUCUCCAUGACCCUGUUCCAGCACAUCCACCGGACGGGUAAAAAAUAUGAUGCGUGAGCGGGCUGGCGGGGGCGCCCAGUCCCACCCGGAUGCUGUGCCAGGGAAGAGGAUCUGAACUUCGUCCCCUGCCUGUGCCCUCCAGACUGCCAUCCCUGCCCCACCUCCCCAGUCUGCCCUCCCCCUGCCCACCCACCUCAGCCUCAGACUUCUCCGAGGGCGGAGGGCCCAGUGGGAGGCAGCACGCAGAGACCUUGGGGCACUGGACACCUGGAUUCCUGCACCUGCGAUUUGCCAAAGACGACAGGGUGGGCUGGGGGACGCCAAGGAGGAAGUCUCCAGCACUGAUGGGUUCCUACCUGCUGCCUUCCUCACACUGACACUUUGUCCCCAGGUGGGGUGGGGAGCAGAGUGUCCCCCCCCCCCCCCCCGGGGGAGAGUCUGCCCCUGCGGAGGCCACUGCCGUCCAUACCGCCCAGCCGGAGAGCUGGCCAGGGCGGGUCCGACCGCCGCCCGCUGGAGCAUCUUGCCCAGGCUUUUUAUACCUUACAGCGUAACUUUUUUAUUUUAUUUUACUCUGAUUACGAUUAUUCAGGAAUAUUAUCUCUCAGAUAAGUUUAGGGUUAGCUUU